AUGAAUCUCUAUCAAUGUAUCAGAUGUCUUCGCUUUGUUCUUCUUGUCUGUUUCAUUAGUCCGUUGACAACGGCCAAUGAUAUCACUGCUCGAACUUUUUCAGUUUCUGAAGUUGAGCCAAGUAAAAUCGUUCAUCCUGAAGUUCUAUCUCUCUCGAACGAAGAUUUGCAACAAUGGGCAAAUGAAAAUGAAACACUUAUGCUUGAAAAUGUCCAACUUGCACAUCCGUUAGCUGGUGGAAUUGGUUAUCGCGUGGCAAAUGCAUUUAUCGCUACUGUAUUCAAAGCUUAUUCAAAUCACUAUCCACUUGAACUAAGUGUCGAAGAUAUUUGGGUGGCUAUUGCCCAAGGUGUAAGUAUUCAUCUGAAUGAAAAUGCAGAAAAAUAUCGUCAACUUUUCGUAUCACACGAAGGCAAAAAGACACUACAGCUGAACGUAGACAAACUUCGAAUUUCGAAUACAGAUAGAGCAUCAGGUGAAAAUCUCUCGAUACCAGCGAUCGAUUGGCCAGCAGCCGUGCGUUUAAUGGGCGAUUUGAUCAAAGAAGAUAUGAAAGCCGAUCUCUCCACUGUGAUUACACAGCCUUUUUCACAAACAACAGCUGUGCAACAGACCGUGUUCGACGCAUGUUUAAUGGACACUGUUAAAAAUUACUAUAAAUACGAAUUCGUUUUAGUCUGUGGUAUUCCACAAAUAACUUUGCUUGGUUCACCAGAAGAUUUUCAAUCAGUAUUGAACCGUUUAAAUCAAUUGAAAAUAUUCUUUCCUGAUUUACAUUGGUGGCUCGACCCACUUCUGUCGCAUGUGGAAAAAUUUAAAGAAAGUGCUCAAGGAAAUCCUGACAUUGCUUGGUGGAGAAAGAUUUGUCAUCGAAAUUUUGAAGGAUCUGGUGAUAUGACAUUAACUGGAUGGCUUAUUGAUUUCGUUCCGUAA